AUGGCAGCUGCACAGAGCUGCAUUAGCUCCACGAGCGAAGACGCCCUUUGGCGGCCGGAUCGUCGGAGGACCACAUUUGCCGAGUUACCUGCUGAGCUGCGUCUUAAGAUAUGGUCCUGCGCUGUGGAACCUCGUGUUGUCAUCUUGGACGACCUGGUCCAACAGGAAAAAUCUUAUCCAUUACCAUCUGUUACCCAGCUCAACGCAGAAUCUCGAACGGAGACUCGACAAGGUUAUGAGCCUGCUGGCCGCGGAUCAUGUUUCGAUUUCUCGCGAGACAUUCUCGUCUGCGACCCCAAAAUCUCAGAUCAAAGGUUCGACCUGACUCUGGAGGACUUGGCGCUGCGGGUGCAACGACUCGCCUUCUGGGACUGUUUCCCUGAUGAUGGUCGCAUAGACGUCCUGUACCACUAUUCCGCAUACCUUCAGGCUUGCUACCCCAGCGGGCAUUCCGGUAAAAUAGAGUUUGACAAAUUCUGGUUCCCAAACUUGAAGGAUCUUUGGAUCGUAAAAGUCGGUGAGGUCGACCGGUCAUGGAUGGUUGGCGUGGACAAGGAUCUGCCGUGUGAAGCUCGUUUGCAAAAAACCGCUCGGCAGUUCCGAUACUGGGUUGACGAAGACAUCAUUGAAAUAGCCUCGUUGGACCUAAGCGAACCGGAGACUAAGAUGAUUCUGCGCGAGGGCAGAUGUGGCAAGACCGACUGCCAGCAGCUCAAUCUCGGGCGUCAAAGGAUGGUGUCCAAGGUUGUCUUCGUAGACGGCAAGUACGACGGCGGCCUGAGCAAAGACGAGCAUCAAAGAUGGAACCGCAUUCGGCCGUGGCCAACUGUUGUUGAGCAGGGUGCCACGGAUACUGACACGUCCGCCAACCGAAUGAGAUGGAUUAUCGUCGAGCGAAUUCUGACUUUUUCCCUAAGAUGGGACGAGCCUGAAGAGUUGGACCAUCAAGAUUCGCUCGACCACCGCCGUUCAAGGCGUACAGAAAAUACAGGGUGA